UUUCUGUUUUGUACUAUGAUCCGUUUCUUCCGAUGGCUCAUCUCGUUGAUAUUUAGGAAGGGAGACAAAUUUGACUGUGCAUUAGACCUUAUGAGGAGAUUGCCACCCCAACAAAUAGAGAAAAAUCUAAGUGAUCUUAUAGAUUUAGUUCCCAGCUUGUGUGAGGAUUUGUUAUCAUCUGUUGAUCAGCCUUUAAAAAUUGCUAAAGAUAACCAAAACGGAAAAGAUUAUUUAUUGUGUGACUACAACAGAGAUGGUGAUUCAUACAGAUCUCCAUGGUCCAAUACAUAUUAUCCACCACUGGAUGAUGGUCAAAUGCCUUCUGAAAGAUUAAGAAAACUGGAACUCGAUGCCAAUAAUGCCUUUGAUUUAUAUAGAGAAAUGUAUUUUGAGGGUGGUGUAAGUUCAGUUUAUUUUUGGGAUUUAGAUCAUGGAUUUGCCGGUGUUAUUCUAAUCAAGAAGACUGGAGAUGGCAGUAAAAAAAUUAAGGGAUGUUGGGACUCUUUGCAUGUUGUUGAGGUUCAGGAAAAAAGUUCUGGUCGUACUUCUCAUUAUAAAAUGACAUCUACGGCUAUGUUAUGGCUACAAACUAAUAAACCAGGAUCUGGUACUAUGAAUCUAGGAGGAAGUUUAACUAGACAGACAGAGCAAGAUGCUGCAGUUAAUGAAAAUAAUCCUCAUAUUGCUAAUAUAGGAAAAAUGGUCGAAGACAUGGAAAAUAAAAUUCGAAAUACACUAAAUGAGAUCUAUUUUAGCAAGACUAAAGACAUAGUAAACAGCUUAAGAUCAGUUCAGCCCUUAACUGAGAGCAGACAACAGGAUGCUUUAAGACAGGAUUUAGCUGCUGCUUUGCAAAGAAGGCAUAACAGAGGUGACAAUUGAUGCCUUCAAAUCUAUUAUUUCAAUUGUGAAGAGGUUUAAGAAAAUGCUGUCUGGUUUAAUAAGGGGUAACACAAGAGAGGAUUGUUUAUUUGAGCCUAAAUUGUUAAAAAUAGAAUUGUGAUUGUUAUAUAAAUCAUUAAUAGUCUACAAAUUGAAGAAUGUGACGAUUAGAAAGUGCUACUUUUUUGUUAUGGUUUAUUUUAAUAUUUAUUACAUGGGUGUGUCCCCAUAGCAACUAUUGACAAAAUAGGUUUUUAGUAAUAUGUUAUCAAAUACCUUUAAUCAAUUUAUCAAUUAUAGUUUCUACAUAACAUUUAACUGCUUUAUUACAUAAGCUCAACUUUUCUAACAAAAUAGUAUAAUUUCUUAAGUUAUCCUAUAGUAAAAAUAA